UGUAAAGGCGCUGCCAGUAGCCUUCUGGGCUGCUGCUGUUUUCUGCUCUUCGCCUUGUCCGCAGGCUUCGUGGAAUUUUUGCAAUCCAGCCGGCAUGUCUCAGGCUGAGUUUGAAAAAGCUGCUGAGGAGGUUAAGAACCUCAAGACCAAGCCAACAGAUGAAGAGAUGCUGUUCAUCUAUAGCCACUACAAACAAGCAACUGUGGGUGAUGUAAAUACAGAACGGCCCGGAAUGAUGGACUUCAAAGGCAAAGCCAAGUGGGAUGCCUGGAAUGGGCUGAAAGGGACUUCCAAGGAUGAUGCAAUGAAAGCUUACAUCGCCAAAGUAGAAGAACUAAAGAAAAAAUAUGGAAUAUAAGAGACUGGAUUGGGCUGCUAGCCACACAUUUCACUAAACUUUUAUAAUACCUUGCUUUUCUAAUACUGUGGAUAAAGUGAAAUAAUGAAAAUAACGUGUUAAUACAGUUCUUCAAGACUGUCAAGGAUACAGCACUAACAGAUAAGGGACUAAAAUGGUCACUGGCUUUUAAGUAGUUUUUAUCUGUAAGUCAAUUAAAGUGAAUUUGUUACUCUAA